GUACGACAGGAAAUCCAAGUGCUGAAGUACAACUUGAGGUUGUUGCAGUUUGAGAAGAUUUUCCUUGGAUGGUUCGGUUUCCUCCGAGAAGUCGUCGAAGAGGCGUUUGCAGAAGGACUAUCCGAAGGUCCAGAAGAGGCUUCUGCAGAGGGACUAGCAUCCGAAGCUCGAGAAGAGGAUGGGGACACUAGUAUUGCUUGGAGUUUGCCGAAGCGUUUAUUGAACUUCUUGCAGCGACAGUUGGAUGGCCCGUUGCAGAGGAAAGCCUUUGCGUGGUACCGAUCUUUCGAUUAAGGGCAUAGGUUACUUGGUUCAACGAGUCAGCAUUUUAUUUAGGUGAGAAUAAAUGCAGAGACAUUGAGAUUUGAGAUAGUACGUCAUACCUUCGGAAUAAGAAAGAUAAGAAAGCCUUCAGCGCUAAUAUCGGCGUUACUUGGGACAUGCGCGGAGCGAACUUUCGCGUGACUUCUUCCUGGACAGUGCGAAUUACACGCUACUUUCUCCCAUUGCCACCUACUUCGAACAUCAUAAAGCGUUACUGUCGAGUCAUCCCUUCGCGAAGCGCGUGCUAGAUAUGGAGAUCUUCUCAAGGCUGCGAGAGGAAGAAAGGGGGGAAGGGAAACUACAAGGUGCUCUUUUGCACUCAACUGCAGACGGAGAAGCGCGUAGGUUGGAGGCUGACUUGGUUGGUCAAGACCACUCGAAGGACACAGUUCCAGAUAAACCAAAACUCGCUGAAACAAUGAUCAUAUUAAGGCUUCCCCUAAUCCAUCCCUGUAAAGAACAUAUGUAUCUCAAACUAACAUUCAUAUGCGCCCCAAUUAUACAAGGGAGAUGCUGACGCAUAUGCUUGAGAAAUUUCCACAAAGAUGAAUAGGGGAGAGCUCUAAUCAUAAGGAAAAACAGCAACAAUGUUCAUGCUGUUCCAAAGCGUCCAGGAACCUCACGUGAGCACUUUCGGGAUUCGCGUGGUGUAGAUUUCCAAGUUUCCCACUUUGCAGAUGGCCCACGCAUCAUGCAUGAGCCGGACAACGUGAUCUGGCGACUAAAUCUUGCGCAUGACCGCAUAGGCCUGCCUGGCUGGGUUGCCGCGUCACCAUUGAUCGAGUUGAAUAAUCUGAC